GCAAGCAAAAAGCUCUCAGUCGGACCAUGUCUGCGGUUCAUGGGAAUAUGCGCGUCGGGGAUCUCAGUAACUUUCAGAUGUUUCAGGAGCGGCCUCUGCAGAUGAACGGCGCGGUGACUUCAGAUUAUGGAGCCUCAGAUGUUCCAAACUACUUCAACUCAACAUCUAGUGGGAGGGCAGACAAGUGCGUUGCCAUAUUGACCCACAGGAGGAAAAGGACCAACUUUACCCAGCAGCAAAUAGAGAUGCUGGAGAAGGUUUACUCUGACACCAAAUAUCCAGACAUCUACCUGAGAGAGAGACUGGAGGCUCUGACCGGGCUGCCAGAGUCCAGGAUUCAGGUGUGGUUUCAGAACAGAAGGGCUAAGUCUCGUCGCCAAGUUGGUUCAUCGUUAUCCACGAAAGCAUCCAGCACACCGUCAGGACAUCACUUUGGGCAACUACCCUGCAGAAUGGCUCCAGAGAAAGCAUAUGAUAGCCACAGCUCUGAGCUACGCAAGACAGCAGCUUUUGGUUUGGAGGAGAGUGUUAGGCCCUCGAUGGAGCACAGUGCAGAGGAUGUUCUAAGGACCAGUGUUCAGACCAAAUCCACUAGUUACGACCACAUGCUACCCUCCUGCAUCUACGAUAAAGCAACAAGAGCCACAGAUGAGCAGAUGCAGCUGAUUAGGCCUGCAGGCUCCGUCCAGAGCUGCAGCGUCCCUCUUUAUCCCAGUGAGCUGGGGAACCAUCCGAGAAUGAAAACCAACAUGCCUGGCAGCCAGGGCCCAAAGGUUCUGGUGGAGUACGACAAUUUCCCGCCAAAUAAAACCAUCGGACCAGAGAUGAAAGUUGUGAUUCCUCCCUUGCCGACCCAAAACGGCUUCAACAGGUCCUCUCCGAAGGAAAAGGAAUGCCACCUGCAGUAUCCACAUCUGAGAGCCACAGAGAGCUUCAACCAGUUUUCUCCAAUCUACAGCAUGGAGGCACAGGAAGUCAGCGACUCGGAUUCAGACUGGGAGAGCGAAGCCAUGGCUGGCUUUGGUGGCUUUAUGUGAAUGU